AUGUUAGCCCCACUAAUCCUCCUGCAGAUUGCGGCUCUGCCUUGGUUGGCUCUCGGAGAUCAGCGGAUCAUAAACGGAAACACUGUCAACAUUAAGGAUGCCCCGUGGCAUGCCUCCAUCAUAGUCGAUUCGAAGCUUAAGUGCGGUGGCGUCAUUAUCUCGAAGAACUACAUCCUGACUGCCGCCAAGUGUGUGGAUGGCUACAGUGCCAGGAGCAUACAAGUCAGGUUGGGAACCAGCAGUUGCGGCACUGGUGGAUCGAAUGUCGGAAUCUGCGAGGUCAAAGUUCAUAGCCAGUACUCCAGCUGGCGCUUCGACAAUAACCUGGCUCUAUUGAAAACCUGCGAGCUACUCAAAACCACCGAUGAAAUAAAGCCAAUUGAGAGGGCCAACAAAAAACCAGAAGAUAAUUCCCGAGCCAAUGUUACUGGCUGCGGCGGCAGAUCGGGCCAUUUCCUCGACCUUAUCAUAGACAAGAGGAUUAUCAGCGGGAUAGAAGAGAAGUGCUUCCAGCUGCCUGUCCACUUGUACGGCACUCAAGUGCGGAUCCUUAGCCAAAAGCAGUGCGCCGCCGACUGGAAAGUCAUACCGUUUUACUUACUCAAGGGAAUCUCAGACCUGACCAUCUGCACCAAGUCGCCGGGCAAGGGAGCCUGCUCCACAGACAGGGGUGCGCCGCUGGUCAUCGACAACAAGCUCGAUGUCUACGCAAAUAUCCUGCGGCACACGAACUGGCUGGACUCGAAUACGAAGGAUUAAUGUCUUGCUGUGAAUAGUUGAGUUUAAUGAUAAUAUUACCUUGCCUUCUGUAUAUAUUUACUUAAGUUGAAUUUGUAAGGCACAGAAUAAAGAACAUUGGCUAAAAGUGAGAAAAAUUAUAACA